GAUCGACUAAAUAGCCUAGAGGAAUCGAAUCUUAUCGGCUAAAAAUCGUGCUUUGGUCCAGAAAAGGAGGUAAUGUCAAAGAUAUCUAAAGAUCAGGGCUGGACGUUCAGUGAAGUUGAAAGGCAGCCUCGAGACAGCUCGAGGCAGUCAACAUCAAUCAUUACGCCCCACCGGAAUAACAUCGGAGCAUGUACCAUUAAGGUUCUCAAAGGCCCAGGUAUCGAUCCUUCCGUCUAUGGCUGUGGUAAUACCAUGGAAAUGGAUCUCGUCUUCCGCACGUGGCGUUUUCAUGGCUGGUGGGCUAAAGAUGCGUAUCCGUUGGGAAAUUAUUGA